GUUGUCAGAGGGUAAAGCUAACAGUCGGAAUGAAAGCACAGGGCCAUCAUGGUAACUCCCGUUCUACCAAAUAACAAUCACCCCCAGAGGUUUCUCAAGCUGGACGUAAAGAUGCUGCCGGUCUCCAACAGAAUGGAUCAGAAUGUCUUGGAGCAGAGAACGAACAUUAAAAGUUCACCUACCUAUCCAGAAGACACACUGGCGUUUGUGGACCGAUACCUUGAGAAGCAUGUCACUCCUGGUCAUCUGCAGUCCAACAUUAAAACAAACCCUCUGUAUAGUAUGAGAGAUACAGCGGACAACAAGUACACACCUUCCUGGACGAUCAAGGAAUAUACAACGCAAACAAGCCAUGGCCAAAUUGCUGACUUUUUACAGGAUAAAGAGAAGACACCCAAAGAGUUGGACUUUUGGCUGGAAGAUCCGUACACACCGGGAUUUGAUGCAUUAUUAAAGAAAAAGGAAGCUGAACAGCGACGGAAAAGACUACACAAACUACUUUGUGUCAUAGGUUUGUCUAUCAGUGUAGUUAUUGUUGUCGUCAUUGUACCGGUUGUGGUACUAAAGAACUAAGCCUGACUGUUUUUUUGUUUUUUUUUUAAAUGACAUUUUUAAGAUACUAAAAGUUUAUCACACUAGAAGGAACAUUUAAAAAAAUGCUU